GCAUCAGACAGACGGAAACAGAGAGCAAUCGGGAGUGGGCGGGGCUUCCGGAGCCCCCUGUAUGAGAGUCAAUCGGGAGUGGGCGGGGCUUCCGGAGCCCCCUGUAUGAGAGUCAAUCGGGAGUGGGCGGGUCUUCCGGAGCCCCCUGUAUGAGAGUCACCUGAAGCACAGAGAGAAACCUUCAGAGGAAACUAACCGCCACCGCCGGAGGAGGGAGUUGGAAGCCGAGCUCGCAUCUUCUAACCGUGAAGCCUUUGGCCGUGAAGUCAAGUCACUCACACAGGAAUUUAUGGACACUUUUUAAAAUUCUUCUGACUUUUGGAAACCGCAAAACAUAGACCUACGUAGCCUACGAAUCACCGUGUACUAUUGUUUGAAGUCUGCAGGUAGAAUUUUACCGCCAUUGGUCUGGGGAAAGUGUUUUUAGUGCGAUUUAUUCACAACAGAGUUGAGACCGUGGAUUUGUUUCAACCUCUCCGGUAAAAAUGAGUUGGAUACAGCUUCUCAGGGUUGUGCUGUGCGCAGCGACCUGUCUCCGCUGUGCUGCCGCUCCGCCCGCUGCAGGCUGUGAGGGAGACGAGUGCGCUAGAGGCCAGGCCUCCUCUUCAUCACCCUCUCUGUCUUCUUCGUCUUCCGCGGUGGUGAAAGCCCAGCAGCCCUCCCAGGACUUCCUGGGCCAGUUUACCCAGGUGAGCUCACCAAACAGCGGGGACCGUAAACACCGCGACGCCAGCGCCGUCCUGCCCUUCAUCGGCCUCACAGGCAGUGCUGAGCAGAGUCGGAGCUGCUGUAAGAACGGAGGAACCUGUAUCCUGGGCAGCUUCUGUGCCUGCCCUCCGUUCUUCACCGGGAGGAGCUGCGAGUACGACCAGCGCAUCAGGAGCUGCGGUUUGAUUCCUCACGGCGAGUGGGUUCAGAAAGGAUGCUCCUACUGUCGCUGUGGUUACGGCGUCCUGCACUGCUUCCCCCACGUCUUCAACGACUGUGAUGACUCGGAGGAGGUGCGUUGGUAUCACUCGUCCGCUGUCAGGACCGUUUGGCCCGGCUGCUUCCUGUUUCUGAUGCUGCUUCUUCCCCUGCUUCCCCUCCUCUGAUGGGUUUAAAAAAAACAAAAACAAUGCUGGACACCAACACCAGCUGUGGACUAUACAUGAUUUCUUGAGCUGCUUCUUCAGGACUAAAGAUCAGUUUCCAAACCCCAGUCAGAGCUUUACAAGCUUCAAACUAAUAUUUAUUGUAAUUUUUUUUCUUCAAAAUGCUACUGUAGGGGAGGAGUCAAAUUAUAGUCUGAAAACUAGAGUUCAGGAGAUGUUCCAUUAUGAGGGAAGACAUCCUACUUUCUAAGUAAGAGUUGUUAAAUACAUAUAAUAUGAUGUAUUUCAAACGCUGCAGUUAGACUGUUUUG